CCUCGAAUAGCUUUGGACCCUAACCUUGAGGUGUGUGAUGAGAAAUGGCUUUGGGAGACAAUACACAACGAAGUUACUCUAUCAUCCCAUGUUUCAUCUUUGUUGAGCUUAUUAUUAUGGCUGGGACGGUCUUGCUCGCCUACUACUUCGAGUGCACGGACACUUUCCAGGUGCAUAUUCAAGGCUUCUUCUGCCAAGACAGCAAUUUGAUGAAACCGUAUCCAGGGGCAGAGGAUGAAAGCUUCAUUUCCCCUCUUAUCCUCUACUGUGUACUGGCUGCAACCCCAACAGCAAUCAUUUUUAUUGGAGAGCUAUCUAUGUAUUUUAUCAAGUCCACCAGAGAAAGCUUAAUUAUCCAGGAGAAAACCAUUUUGACGGGGGAAUGCUGUUACCUGAAUCCACUACUUCGGAGAAUCAUCCGAUUUAUAGGAGUAUUUGCAUUUGGUCUUUUUGCUACCAACAUAUUUGUAAAUGCUGGCCAGGUAGUGACGGGCAACUUGGCACCCUAUUUCUUGACUGUGUGUAAACCCAACUAUACUGGGAGUGACUGCCGAGCGCAUCACCAGUUUGUUAACAAUGGGAAUAUCUGCACUGGCAACCAAGACGUGAUUGAGAAAGCAAGAAGAUCUUUUCCAUCCAAACAUGCUGCUUUAAGCAUAUAUUCAGCCUUGUAUGCUACAAUGUACAUCACUAGCACAAUCAAGACCAAGAGCAGUCGGCUUGCCAAGCCAGUGUUGUGUCUGGGGACACUUUGUGCUGCCUUCCUUACAGGGCUCAACCGAGUUUCUGAGUAUCGAAACCACUGUUCAGAUGUCAUUGCAGGCUUCAUCUUGGGAAGCACAGUAGCACUCUUCCUGGGCAUCUGUGUAGUUCAUAAUUUCAAAGGAGCACGUGGGACACCUUCAAAAUCAAAACUGGAUGAACAGCGAGGCGUGCCCUUGAUGGCAUUUCCACGAGUGGAAAGUCCUUUGGAGACGUUGAGUGCCCAGAAUCAUUCUGCCUGUAUGACCGAAGUAACCUGAUUUGACCAACAUCAAGAGAAUUUUUUUAUUGCCCUCUGCUACAGUACUCCCACCAGAAUACAGUUAUACUAAUUGUCAAACUGCGAUGACCAGUAUUAUUAUGUUAUGUCUAGUUAGGAACUAAUGUUUUGUACAUUUUUGUAUGAGGAAGUGAUAUAGCUUGCCCUGGAAUUCCCACCCACUUUCUUUUUUCUUGUUGUCAGCUUUAAUAUAUUUAUGCCAGAAUUUAAGACAAAUGAAAACAAAAAAGAAACAAGAGAAAAAAAAUGAACUCUUUUUUGAUUACAAUGUGUUCUGAGGCACUACACCUUUGGGAAUUGUUGAUGUUUUGUGAUAUUUGUACACACAGACUUUUUUGUUUUGUUUUGUUUUAUAUACAAUAAAUUAAAUGAUAAUUAUACUACUAAUUCAUUUUUUACAUUUUUAUUACCAGAGAUGCUUUCAGUGAGUGAGGGGGUUCAGAUUCAGCAUUGACAGUGCAAUUCUAUAGAAUUCAUACUUGUUUUCUAGAAGUUACUGUAGAAUUGUCCCUGCAUGACUGCUAUCUGGCCCUCAAUAGAUUAUCGAUAAUGAGAAAUAUGUAUUUUGAAUGCUGGUUUAACAUAGCAAGACUAAGAACCUGUCUGUU